UCGAGCCCCCGCUGAAGCAGAGAGUGAGCCCGCCUCGCAGAGCGCUAGAUCGGGCUGUGCCGGUGACAGUACCAAACACCUUCAACCUGAGCAGCAGCCGUGGAUCAGCAGCAGAUCAGAACCGCUGUGGACUGCGCGGCUUUGGGAGAAGAAGCGGACUGUAACUACGAGGAACGGACAGCAGAGUCGAUUUUUAUUGGCGUGUUGGUGCUCUCUGAAAAAGUUGCAUCUGCUCGGGACGCACAAGAUAUCCACUGCUGAAGGAAAUACCCCCGCACGGGUUGGCUGUAAAUAACAUCUUUAAAGGCCACGGUCCACCUGAAGAGAAUCCCAGAAAGAAGCAAAGUCCUGGGAUGAAAGCUCUCUGCCAUUUUCCUCUCUCCCCCAGACCACCAGGAGGAGGACGCUGGAUGACACACUGAGAGUGUGUGGUGCGUCUGACACCGUCGGGCUACCAUGGCUCUGGUUCAGGCACUACCCCUGACCGUGAGUGACCACCCGAAUCCAGGCCUCGACGUCCAACAGUGCCGGCCGCUAUCAUCCCAUUCCCCCUCAGGCCCCUGCUCUGGCCCCUGUGGGCACUGCAGCUCUGACACAGCCAUGGGAUCAGUGAGUAGUCUCAUAUCGGGCCGGACGUACCAAGAGAGACACUGCAGGGCUGCCAGCGAAUUCAACACCAAGCCACGCCGCUCCACGCCAGCUACCAGCUGCUUCCGGCUCCACGAUAAUACCCUCCGCAGUGGGAGCUCCCUGGAGCAGCUGCUGGUUAUCAGCAACCAAACACAGCCUCAGGCUCAGGUUCUGCCUCCACCGCUUCCCACAAAGAAGCAGCCACGGCCUGGAAACUCUGCUGGGACAGGAGGGGGUGGAACGGUUGCUGGAGCAGUAGGCGGUGGCGGUGGCAGCACUAAUGGGAACUUUGGGUAUGCGAGCAAGGAGGUGGUGGUUGGAGACUGGAACGACAACCUGGUGCUGACUGCUGCAAGCCCCUGCAGCGACUCAGAGGACCAAAAAGACAACAGGACUCUAAAUGGGAACAUUGGUGGACCUCCUCCCAAACUCAUCCCAGUGUCUGGACAGCUGGAGAAGAACAUGGAGAAAGUGCUGAUCCGUCCAACAGCGUUCAAACCUGUCGUUCCCAAGAAUCGGCACUCGGUACAGUACCUUUCGCCACGCCCAGGUGCCAGCACUCUGUCGGAGAGCCAGGCCAGCCUCAACCUUCUGCUGCCCCAUGGAGGAUCCAGCAGUGCCAGCGGUACAAGCGGGAAUGUUGGAAGCAGCAGUUCCAACUCUGAAGGGAAGUGCACCUCCUACAUCGGUGUUCGCAAUGCUCGGAGCAGCCAGUCCUGCUCCAUGUCAGAUUCAGGGAGGAACUCUCUCUCCAGCCUCCCUACUCACAGCAGCACAGGUUACAGUUUGGCUCCCAGUGAGGGCUCCAGUGCUGGUUCUGGGUCGGGAGGCCAGCUGGAGCCUGUGUCGGGCAUCGGCCGAAACACUUCUGGUGGAAGCGGGAGCCACGGUCACAGUAACUCGGACAGUGGACGUUCCUCGUCCAGCAAGAGCACAGGCUCGGGGUCGCUUAGUGGGCGCGGGCAGCCCCUGUCAGACAGCGGGUCCUGUGGCCACUCUCCACCCCCCGUAGAGGGUUACGAGGCCGUGGUGAGGGAGCUGGAGGAGAAACUGAGGGAACGAGACCUGGAGCUCCAGCAGCUCAGAGAAAAUCUGGACGAGAAUGAAGCUGCCAUCUGCCAGGUGUACGAAGAGAAGCAGCGCCGCUGUGAAAGAGAGAUGGAGGAGCUGAGACAGAGCUGUGCCACAAAGAUGAAGCAGGCCUCUCAGAAGGCACAGAGAGCACAGCAGGUGCUUCAAUUACAGGUAUUUCAGCUACAGCAGGAGAAAAAGAAGCUACAGGAGGACUUCUCCUCUCUCCUGCAGGACAGAGAGACACUGGAAAGGAGGUGCGCCACAAUCCAGAGGGAGCAGACCCAAUUAGGGCCACGUCUGGAGGAGACAAAGUGGGAGGUGUGUCAAAAGUCAGGAGAGAUCUCGCUCCUGAAGCAGCAGCUUAAGGAGAUCCAGUCGGAGCUCAGCCAGAAGGCAGGAGACAUUGUGGUCUUGAAGGCCCAGCUUAGAGAAGCUCGCUCUGAGCUACAAGCCAGCCAGGCUCGAUCCCAGGAGGCCCAGACUGCCCUGCGGACUCGGUCACUGGAGCUGGAGGUCUGCGAAAACGAACUCCAGAGGCGCAAGAGUGAAGCUGAGCUGCUCCGGGAGAAAGUGGGGCGUUUGGAAGAGGAGACAGCCCGGCUACGUGAUGCUCUGACCGGUCACAGCGGACCUACUCUGCCUGGAAAUGCAGCCAUGAAGGGGCAAUGCAUGAGCCUGACGCUGCAACAGGGUAGAGCUGUGGCAGGAAGGGGAGGUCCCAGUCCCUCUGUGUUCCGCAACGGAGAGGAGACUCAUCUGGUCUGGGGUGGAGAGAGCGAUGAAGCCAAGGCUCAGAGGCAGAACGCAGAAACAGUGUUGGGACUCAGGCAACAGGUGGAUAGGCUGAAGGCUGAGCUCAUGUAUGAGAGGAGGACUGGUGAGGAGCAGCUGUCACGUUUCGACGAAGAGAGGCGGGUGUGGCAGGAGGAAAAGGAGAAGGUAAUCCACUACCAGAAACAGCUGCAGCAGAACUACAUCCAGAUGUACCGUCGCAACCGUGAUCUGGAGAGAGUGAUGAGGGAGCUGAGUCUGGAGCUGGAGAACAGGGACAUGGAGGACUAUGAAGUGCGCAGUGGCAGCAAUGACAUCCACUUUGAGGAAAUCACUGCCACAGAGAUAUAAACACACACGCGCUGCAAGUAAUAAGUCCAAAUAAAAACCAUGGCAACACUCUGAAGGUGUAAACCAAACAAUCAACUCUGGGCCAAAUACUGCACUAUCUUCAACGUGACUUUGCCCGGAUCAUCGAGCAAGCACUCACCACACGUCACUGUUAAAAGGGAGCUCUCCCAAAAGGUGCAUUCUCACUUCCUGCUAACACAAAUGUACUCCCAAUAAAUCCUUAUAAGGUGUCGCCCACUGCGCUUUUAAUGGGUUUUUAUUCCACUACAAAGCCAGCACAAAGACUUGUUUCCAUCUGUGGGAGCGAGAGGAGGGAAAGAAGUGUUUUAUUUCUCAGACCACGUUCAGAUCAGGGUAUUGAAAAUCGAUGGGAACCUUAAAGCAAAAAAACAUUAGUACACACAGAGAAAUCUGGUUACAACUUUGUUGGUAGCACACGACGUGAAACACCCAGACACCAGCGUGCAUGUACUCAUGCACCUCGAGAGAUGACCAAUCAAUCACCCGGUUAUUAAAGCUGACUUCAUCACCCGCGCGAACCGUGCUCAUCGGCAACACAAACCCCCGCUGCACCAGUCCUCCAACCCCAAAUAUUACUGUUAACUGCUGUUUGUAUUUCAUGGUGUUGAUAGCAUCAACAGUUCAUUUUACAAAGUCUAAAAAAAUACCAAUAUUUUGUUCUUUUGCUUGUGCGUAUUUGAUGAGGAAUGUAUUGUCACUUCUGAGAAAUGCAGUAACGAGAGCAUCUGAGAAGCACACUGUUAUUUUGCACAACUUCCCUGCCCUCUUUUUGUUCAGGACUCAACUGUUUUCAAUUCAAACAAACCAUUACUGACGUGCGCCGAAAACCUGCUGGGGACGCCAAACCAAACGCUCAAAGGAAAUGCUUUAUAUGAACUCUGCUCAAGUUUUCUAGACCACCAACUGUUGCACUCGUGUCAACUCUUUAGACAAUGCGCCGAUCUCACAUAAACGUUUUAUAUAACUGAUAUUUCCAGGAUGCUGCCAAUUCCCCUCUUUCUCUGUCUUUUUCUUCUCUCUGUUUGCUUCUUACUCAGCUAUUUUUAUAACAGUGAAAGGCACCUCUGUGGUUGGUAUCAGGAAACUAAAAAUAGAGCAUAUUUACAGUAUUACAGAGAUUUAAGCCAGUGUUUGAACUGUUUGCAUUCUUAUUCAGAGUUUCCAUUUAUCUCCCUUCACUCCCAUUAGUGCCCUUUAUGUACCUCUUGGCAAAGCAAAGCCAAAUAACUCUUAUAAAGUCUUCCUACCUUUCCCAUUUCCCCCCCCCACUAGAUUAUACUCUUCACUGACUGCUAUACAGGAAGUGAGACUGGCAUGUCUGCAUGUCUUUGUUGUAUGAGAUUUCAGAAGAAGCUGGUUCACGCAGCAGUCAGGUGAGAGUUUGCAGAUGCAGUAGCUCCAGCACUGAAUGUCCUCAAGGCAGGUCAGUUUUUGAGGGCCUAAAUAUAAACCGGUGAGGAGCAUGUUACAUAUAAAAACUGUGGGUUGCGCUGCUGUUUUUCUCACGGUAUUAUGCAGGGCUGUGCAUACGACUGAGCAUGGCGGUAGUGGGCUGCUGAGAGCUUUUAUUUUGCAAAGAGUCUAUAUCGAGGAUUAAUAGUUAAAUGAAAAUCUAUAUAAUGGAGGAGAUGUUGUAUAUUUUUUAUAUAUAUAUAGCACCCGAAGAUAUUUUGUUGUAGUACUGGUAUAAGUGUGUGGAUUAAUGUAUAUCUCAUACCAAUAUUUCAAAUGAUGGAUCAAUUGCAAAUGGAGGCGGCGACAAAGGAAGAGUGCACCUAAUACUGUAAUGCAUGAAAAUUUAAUGUUUACAUUAUAUAAUCUGUGUGGAAAACCUUCUAAUGACCAAACCUUGCAGGUGAUCGAGCAGCGGGGAGCUCUUAUUUUAGGCUACUUUUUGGUCUGUUGUUUCUCCGUUUUGAUUGAUCUUUCACUUGACUGUCUGCAUCGUAAUCUCACGCUCAUUCACGCUGUCGUCGUCGGGUUUUCCCACGUCAUUCGUUUAAAACUGCACGAGUCGUUUUUGAGGGAUUCGUUAUUAAGUUAUGGCCAGAGAGAGGAAUGGUUAUGGCUAUAUUUGGCUAUAUUUUGCAUGACAUCACCACAUCACUGUGGCUGAGGAGGUAUUGUGGAGCAUCAAAGGUCUGCGCAUAAAUUGUGAUUGCGAAGUAAAGCCAUGGGAAGUAACUUUGAACGGAACAAGCUGAGUUUAUCCAACCACUUUCACUUUGUUAACCAAGCCUAGACUGUUAUUACUCACCACAGGUUCAUAUUAACAGCAAGCACAGGUGUUCGAAAGCAGACUCCCUCACUCCAAAGUACUGUGUGCAUAUCGGAUUCCCAUUUCCUCCCCCUCAUCGUUGCAUGACCAUUUUUCUGUGUAAAUAUGUAAAACACUAAAUAGUAUAACAGAGUGACAUUGUCUUUUAUUUAGACAAAAUAUCUAUUUCAAAUGUAGCCACUGUGACUAGACCAAAGCAACGUAACACACUUUUUUUUUUUGUGGCGCUUUUUCCCAUCCUUUUAUGUGCUUUUUUUUUUUCAAACAUUUGCUUACUUUGUGUCUUCAUUCAUUCAUAGAGUAUGUAGUUGUCCAUGUAUAUUUUUAUGUGUACAUUUCUUGUACAAAUGACUGUUUUUAAUUAAAGAACAAGUUGUCACAUCUUGAA